UUUUAUAAUAAGCUUUGGGUCCCCUAGGGUUUAGCCCACUCUUCUUCUUCCCGGAAAAUGGCAUCAAUACUAAAGCAAACUUCCAAGCUCGCCGGAAAAUUACUAUCAACAACAACGAUCGACACCACGCGCUCAAUAUUCCCACGCGCCGCCUUCACCGGAACCGUCAGCGGCGGUUCCGUACGAUUUGCAUCGACGUCAGGAUUCAGUUACCUAGAGAAGAAAAAUGCUCCUCGGCGAUUACCGGCGGUGUACAGUUACCUUCUUCAGGCCGAUGAACGGAGUCAUUCUACUGGAAAUGAAGCUAUUCCUAAAAUUACACUGAGUCAUGUUUCUGUGAGCUUUGCGGGAUAUGUUGACGCUAGAAUCCACACAGAAGACACUACUACAGCGAGCACAAAGAAUAAGAAAAAAAAGGCUAGCAAGAAGAAAGGGAAAAAAGGGAAAAAAGGGAAGAAAGCUAUUCAGAAGCCAAACGCCAGUACACCUAGCAAACCUCGUAUAAGAAGUAUUAACACAGCUGGCAAUAAAAUUGUUAUGAAGCUUGAUGUCAAAAAUGCUCAUUGGUUGAGUGAAAGAGUCAGGGAAAGGAUCAUACUCAUGGAAGAGAGUCGGAUCAAGGAUGGGGAGCUUGUGCUUACUUCAACUAAGACUAGAAAACAAGAGAAUAAUUUCGAAGAUGUCGUGGCCAAAAAGCAGAAAGUGCUUGGGAAAUUCCAGGAAAUAAUCAAUGCUGCCUCAUAUGCGCCGCUACCACCUUCUGACGGGCUUGUGAAAAAGAUUUCCAAGUUGGCUGCUAUGGGGAAGGAAAAAAAAUUUGCUUGAGAAGCAAGUCUGUGUUAUAUAAAAAGAAAGCUUCGACGGAUGAUGGGAUCGUGAAGUCGAAAGUUUACUGAAGAAACUCUGGUUUGUAGCUUCUUCUGCUGUUGAUUAUAGUUCAAAUACGCGGCCGAAAGAGUCCACAGCUGACUCGAUGAACAUUUCAAAGGCGUCGCGUCGCGUAUUAGCCUCUAGCAUUUUUCAGAUCAUAUGGUUAUUGUCAUUCUCAUAGGCUUGUAACCACAAAUAAUCCAUUGUUUCUAAGAACAUGACCUAGGCUGUGAUAAAAUUUUAGGUAGAUGUGGUUGACACAUUACACACAGUUCUUUUUGAGUUUGUAUUUUGUGUCUUGCAUGUUCAAAUUACUUGCCUGGAA